GUCACUCUCACACAAGAAUGUUUUUGUUAGGAAAGAGAAAGUGACAGAUGUGCUUUCAGAAAAUUGGUUCUCAUUUGUCCAUUAUUGAUAAAUUUUUAAUUAUACUUUAAUUUUUACAAUAAAAUAUUUCUCUUUUCCGAAGGGAUCCAAAUUUCUGACUUUAGCUAACAAGUCUGGUCUGUGCAAAGUCGUGGCAAAGAUGGGUGAUUCAGAGCCUGACACAAAGCUGUGUAAUAACUGCAAAAAGCAGAUUUCCUCUAAUAAUUUUGUGAUGCAUGAGAUGCACUGUAAGCGGCACAUCUCCCUGUGUGAACAUUGCAAUGAGCCUAUACCCAAAAAUGAGAUGGACGUACAUUAUGAGGAAAAUCAUGCCAAAAUUAAGUGUCCUAAAUGUAAAACAGAAGUGGAGAAAAUGUAUUUAGAGGAUCAUGAGGAAAAUUCUUGCUCAAAAAAGCCUAUGCACUGUGUUUAUUGUGAGUUAGAAUUUCCAAAAGAUCAAUUAGAGUCUCACUUGGACUGUUGUGGGAGUCGGACUGAACCGUGUCCAAAAUGUGGCCAGUUCAUUAUGCUGAAAGAACAGACAAAACAUGAUGAGAGUAACUGUACUUACCCGGAAGUAAAACCCAAAAAUAAUAAUGUAGCUGAUGGACAAGUUCGUAGACCUGACAAUUUCCUUGAUGAUAUAUUCAGGAGCAGGGGAGGAUACUCUGGAGGAAGGGAUUUCGGACCAUUUGUAGAUAACUCGUUUGGUGCUGAUUUGGGUCCCAGGAGGCAAGCUAAUGUACGACAUGCCUCAAAGGUCAACAAUAAGAAACCAGAGGUUAAUAAAAAACAAGGUCCAGCAGAAGCGGAGUCAGAGUAUGAUAGAUUACUGGCGAUGCACCUGGCACAGGAUCUCCACCAGGAUGAGAGUAUGGAUGAGAUUGUCCGAGCCUUCAACAAACCACAGUCACCAACCUAUCCAAGCUCACAAGUCAGAUAUGGACGGAACUCUUUAUCAGAAGAUUCUGUGAUGAUACCAUGUGAGUUUUGUGGAGAACCAUUUGAUGCUGAAGAUCUUGUGCAACAUCAGAGUGGAUGUUCACUGGAGCGUAUAAGUGCCAUGUUACCACAGAUGACAACUGCAAACAAUGCCAGAGACUUGCCAAACAGUCCGUCAAAUACUGUGCAACCACCGAGUAUCAUCAACAAUUUACAGCGUUAUGGUGCUGAUGAAUGGUUGGAUGAUACAGCUGGAAUGGGCUAUGAUAUACCUCCAGGAAUGGGCUAUGAUAUACCACCAGGAAUGGGCUAUGAUAUACCACCACAGACAGGAGAAAUAGAUGACCAGUUUUUGCCUUGUGAAUUCUGCAAUGAACUCUUCCCUUUGGAUAGCCUUGUACAGCAUCAGGCUAUGUGUGAUAGAAUGACUAUGACCCCAAGGCCAGAUACGCCGCCAGAUGAAAGACGUCCGAAACCUAAAAAGAAAAAUUCUUUAACAAGUGCUCAGAGACUUGCUGCUGAUUUUCCAAACCUUAACUCCAAACGUCACCAACCCCCACCCACUCUGUUUAGAUCUCAUAUUGACAGCGAUGAUGAUGGUGCACCUGGUGUUAACCGUAACGCUAGUGGUGCUCAUAGGGUUCAAAAGCCAAAACCUGCCGUAAAUGGUGCUUAUAAAACUAAUGUCACUUCUCCUGCCAGAGAAAUUAGAUCAACAUUAAAAAAAUAUGGGGUAGAAAGCACUGACAGGGGAGAUUACUACACAGGACGUGGUAGUGUUUCCCGACAGAGUGACGAAUCGGCAACUGAUUCCUGGCUUGAACCAAGUCAGGCUCGCAGCCAGAAAAAAGUUGGUAAUACAAGGACUCGAAGUACAUUGAAUAAUCUUUUAAAUGAUAAUGAUGAAACAUCGUCACAUGACCUCCUAGGUCAUAUAGGUGGUGCUCCUGCCAGGAAAAGGGAGACAAAUCCAGUCCCAAGACAGAAAGUAUCUGUGACAUCAGGAAAUGCAAAAGGUGUAGCAAAGGUAAAGAGUACAGCAACAGUGAGAGAUGUCCAGAGAGAGCUGUCGAGAUACACUGCGAGUAACGCUUCGGGUGGUGCCUCGCAAAACAGAUCAAGUAAACCUGAUUUCAAGGUGCGUGUCCGUCCGACUGAAGCAGAUGAACCAUCUGACCUAGUUUCAGGACAAAGACAGCGUACACGUGCAAACAACGUUUUUGGUGCACCUUCAAAUAAAACCUCAACAAGACGGAGAACAGACAAUACAUAAUGCAGCAUAAACAUUCCAUAAGAAUUAGCACCUGUGAUAUUUGCCAUUUAGUGUCCCGUUACCCAUAUUUGUGUGAUAUCCAUUUUAUAUAUAAGUGUCUUAUAGAUGAAUUUUACUUGGUACCAAGUACCAUAAAAAAUGUUUCUGCUGGUAAUGGUAAAAAGCUACUAUUACAUAUGUUCAAUGUAUUUUCAACCACCAUAUACUUACAAUAGGACCUGAGACAUCAAAAUUUUUCAUGUGGACACAGAUUUAAUAUUUGGUGCAUCAAAUUACUUGACUAUAUUUUAAUAUGUCAAAGCCUUAUAAGAGUUCAUGAAAGGAAUUAUUUUUAAUUCUACAGAAGCUAAAGAACAAUUUUUCAAUCAUUUAUUUUAUACCAGAAGGUGCCUAUAUAAUAAAAUGAUUACUAGUGAUGCAUCGAGAAAUAUGCGCUCGUUCUUUGCCAACAUAAAAUUGGCUUCUUAAAGUUAUGCGAAAUUUAUGCCACAGAACUGGUGCAUGAUCCUCAAUACAGAGCUUAUAACCUGUCAGUAUUUCAGCGUGUUAUUGUACAAGAUAUUUGAAUGGGAAGUAUGUGAUAUGAUAGUGAAAUAACAAACAAAUGCCAUUAGUUUCAAUUGUCAUUGAAUUCAGUAACAUUCAGACCUUACAUUUACAAUGAAAUUUAAGUAUUUUACAAAAAUAUUAGAUGUUGAUUGGCCUAAAUAUCACAUCUUUAAUCUGAAAAGUACAGCAGCUCAGGAUACAGGAAAGUUCCAGUUUUGAUUCUCUUUGUUGUAGAAACCAGCACUGUUUUGACUGUUUUAAUGUUUUUAUUCCAAAGUAUCAUCAGUAUAAACUUCUGAACUGCUUGAUUUGUCUUUUAAAACUUGCUUCAGUAGGCAGUUUUGAUUUAAAAACCAAAUAUGUAUUUACACCUUAGGCUAGUAAUUUACCAUGCAAUAUGAUUUGAGUAGGCUAUUUAUGGUCUCCUUAUUCUGAUGUCAAGAGUUUCUUAUGCAAAUGUAAUUACUGUAAAAGCACAUAUUUUCGCUGGGUCAGAAUUUUGCGAAUUCGAAAUUUUGAGUAUGUUUGUGAGGUUUAAUAUUCGCGAAAUUGUAAAAAUUGUAUCCUACUUGAAUUUGAAUUAUACUAAUGGUGAAUAUUUAUGUGAGGAUUAAUUUUCGCGAGAUGUAGGUCCUCGCGACUAUAACGAAAAUUACUGCUUUUACAGUAUAGUUCUAAAAAUAUGGGAUAUGCAAGGAUAGACAAGUUUCUGAUUCAUCGAUACAAGUGAUUAAAAAAUUCAUCGAAGAUUAGAAUUUAUUCAUUAAUAUAUUUAUACCAUUAUAUCAUGAUAUAUGCAGUUUGAUGACUGUUGAUAUAAGUCAUGUAGUGUAUACUUCAGUCCAAGACGGCUGUUAAUGAAAGUAUUAAUUUGUGAUUCAUUGUGCUUGAAAGAACCGUCUUUCAGAAUUCUGUUUUUUUUUUUUAAAGUUAAUUAGGUCAUUUUGGAUACUCUUUUGCUUCCCUUAAAGAAAUGUUUACACCCUCCCCCACCCCUCCCAGAUAACUUGAAAAAUUGAAAAACCAUUUCCUUUUAAGGAAACAAUUCUAUUUUGCUUAUUUGGAGAAUCUGAAAAUGUCAACAGCAAAUGUUCAUCCCAAGUUCAUUAUAUCUAUGCAGACCGUUUUCAGUUUUUGUGUUUAUGUCACUGUAAUUAAAUCAUUUUACAGGGUUAAUUUUUGUUUAUGGUUCAUUGAUUGUGAUUUAAUCUGUGAAAACUUAAAUAAAGACUUUGUAAGGGCAUUCAUAGUCUUGACCUUGAAUUUACCUAUUUAUCAAUAUCUAAUGAAGGUUGUUUUCUAAACUGUUCGCUGAAACUGUUUGAUUAAAUCAGAAUGUUAAAUAUGAAAAUGAUCAACACGAAACCAUUGAAGUAGCUAGGCUAUAACAUACCUGUAUUCUCAUGACAAUACAUGAUUGUAAAUUGGCAAGAUAUGCUUUUAUUUAUCUUUAUUUUAAUAUGGUAUAACUAUAGUGUUAUGUGAUUUGUUUUGUUUUUGUUUCAUUUAACAUCACAUCACCACAGUUAUAAGUGAUGUUUUAGAAGAAACUUUUACUUUUAGUCAAACCUGUAUAAAACAGAUUUUAAGGGAGCGACACAGUCUGACUGCUUAAAGCAGGUGACUGCUUAAGACUGCUUAAGUGGUUGUUUAAUGCAGGUGGCGUCUAAGGCAGGUUCAACUGUAUGUUAUGAAUUAUCUUAGAUAUUAGCUCAUUAUUAGUCUCUUUGGACAUGAUGUAUUUCCUCGUUAGGCAUUAACAUUCUUUUUGAGCUGCUGGUUUCUUUUCAAAUUCAGCAAAAGUUGGUUAAAACAAACUUUUUGUCAUAGAUUGAUACCAGUUUCUUAGUUUGCAAAUGAAGUUAAAAAACAAAAAACAGGUGAACAACCCAAGCCUGCUAGAUCUCUGUUUAUUAACCCUUAGCCUGCAGGUGGCAAGUGAUUCUGCCUUUGUGACCUGCAGACCAAGAUCUGCCUGCACAUCCGUGCAGGCUGAUCACCCUUUUAACGGUUAAUGGUACUGUCCGAAUUGAAAGAUGGACAAGUUCAUUAUAAUAGAAAUUUAGCAGGGUAAGGGUUAAUGAGAGAAGCCAUGCUUUUUAAACAAAGUUGUUACUCAAACAGAAAUGCACAUUAAAAUAUAAUCAGAAUCUAAAGUUUCUGACCUUUAUAUCUUGUCAAAGAAGUAUAAAAUACACAGAAUGGCAACUGGCUGUAAUCUCGCGUGAGCUCAUGUCAGAGCGUGAUUCGGCGUUAUCUUACUAAAAACAAACAUCGGCGACCAUGGAGUUACAAUUUGUACCUUUAAAACUACAUUUAAAAUACAUGUUAGCUUCUAAAACAAAAUUAGUUUAAUUUGAAAUGGUCUUAAGACACGAAGUACACAUUUUUUUUGCCAUCGAAAGAAGCGUGGUCAUACGGUGAUAAUUAUUCUACCGAUGAAUAAUUGCUUUCGCAUACAAAAUGGCGCGCGGAGAAAGCGCCACUUCCGGUAAACGAGAUCUCGUUUUUUUGUCACGGGAGGUUGGCGAGAUUUGCUCUAUAUGCCUUUCAAGUUGCCAAUCUAUUUAUUUUUAUAGCUCUUUGAUCUUGUGUAAGUUAUUCUGUUAGAAAUAUUUUAAAAACUAUUGUAUUCAUUCAUAUUUUAACUUCCAGAAUGGCUAAUUGGAAUUACUUGCAUGGCAAUAAGAGGCAUUUGCCAUACUUUUUGUUUUGUUUUCCAUAAAUUGUCAUGGUUAAGAAUCGCUGCUGAAUUUAA